CAACACAACAUCUUGCAACUCGCACCUAAGCGAGCGAACGAAGCAGCCGAGAUGUAAACCUCCAGUUGUCCGCAAGCGAGAUGCGGGGUCUCUAUGGGGCGGGCACCAUUUCAAGCUAUCCUUCGGUGUCUCGGGCUAUCUGACCCGGAGUACGGAUGAAUACAUAAGAACGAGGUCGCCACAUCGCGCUGUCGCGACACGACGACCAAUGUCUCACAAACAUGCCAAGCGAAUCACCGGAAGACAACCAGGUUGAGGGUAAUGACCAAGCCAAGCCAGCGCUUGAGGGUCUGGCCUGCAAUGGUUGCCGAAAAGCCAAGCUGCGCUGUUCACGAGAUCGGCCAAACUGCUUGCAUUGUCGAAAGACCGGACUUGACUGUGUUUACGAGUCCAAACGGAUCAAGCCAGGCUUGAAGCCAGGUGCGGUCGAGAAUCUUCACAGAAGACUAGAUGAGCUGGAACGCCGCAUCGAAGAAAAAGGCACCAGUCCUUCAAGACGGGCCCGUGAUGAUGCUGACAACUUGACAGCCAGCGUCAGCAGCGGUGGAGACUCAGCAGCUCAGAGCAUCUUAGCUUUAUUGGCGAGAGAACUUCCAAAGUUGGUGCAACAAGAACGAACUGAGCCUGCAGCGACACCUGCAUCGAGCGGCUGCAAACGCCGGCGACGAGACGAUGCCACGGAUGCCAUAUCACGAGCCAAUGACGCCCCAACUUUACCAGGAGCAGGUGUUCUGGAGCCAAUACUGACGGCUUACUUUGCGCACGUUCAUCCCUGGAUCCCAAUGAUCCACCAAGGCCGAUUUUUCGAACGACUCGGAGAUGAGACACAACGUGACCAGCUGCUGAUCAUCCUCCAUGCUAUGGUCCUGGCGGCAUCGAAACUUGUACCUGGUGCAGCGAUGCAUGUCUGUGCACACACUAGGAACUGGGUCAUCUGUAGCGCUAUGAACAGUCUCUCGCUUGAGAACUUGCAAGCCUUGAUCAUUCUGGCAUUCAACGACUUUGGAGAUGGAAAUGCUGAAAAGGCUUGGUCUAUCAUUGGGUCCAUGACCCGCACCGUCGAGUACACGCAGCUGGCGCAAGAGCAGGAAGAGGGCGAGCAACGGCCUUUUUCUCAACCUUACGCCCCAUUAUACUACACAUGCGACUGGACUGAAGUGGAAGAGAGGCGAAGAGUGUUUUGGAACGUGUUCCUUCUUGACAGGCUCUGUUCAGUGACGACAGGCUGGAAUACAAGUCUGACUUCCGAUGAUGUCUAUCGAAGGCUGCCAUGCGACGGACAUCUCUGGAGGAAGCAAGAAGCCGUCUUGACUCCGUACUUCGGCAUCUGGGACAAGUCCAAAGGUCGUAUUGGGAAUCCCAUCGACUUCUUAUCACGUUAUCCAUCUCCAGGACAUUGCAGCAGAAAUGUUGACUUUCGCAAUCCAGUCACUGAUUCCCCGACAGCUACGUCUUACGCCCCGCAUCAGGCUUCGGACAUGUCCACCGUCGGUGCAUUUGCAUACAACAUCGAAGCGACCGAGUCUAUGAGCCGUGUCAUGAGCUACUUUCUGCAACAGAAAGUGAACGUGCGCGACCAGAGUGACAUCAGUUCGUGGCUCACUCGCUUCAAGGAAUUGGAUCUGCGCCUUGUUCACUGGAAGAUGCUACUACCACAAAAGUGGAAGGCAAAUCCCAACCUCACGCGGCAAGUACCACUUAUGGACCCUAAUCUCACAACAGCGCACGUCACACACAAUGCUUCGAUGAUUCUUCUCCAUCAAACUAUCGCCUACCCGCCCCUACACUGGGGCUUCCGCAAUAGACUGCCAAGUGGCUGUAGCGCAGAGGCUUGCUACUCAGCAGGAGUAGAGAUUGCAACGAUAACUCAGAAGUACCUGAGCAAGUCCUUGAAUGACUCCCCUAUCGGCAGUCAAUACGCUUUCUGCAUCUUCAUCGCUGCCAGAGUCCUCCUCGUUCAUUGGCGCUACGACCCUGAGAAUCAAUUACCCGCUGAGUUUUGGUCACUGGUGCAAAGUUUGGACGACAUGUCGAUAAGGUGGAGCUCAUAUGCCGAUCCACCACCGCAAACACAGAGCUUGUUCGCAAAGUAUGCAUCACGCCUGAAGGAGCUGUACGAUGUAUGUUCAACCCAGCCAGGUUAUCAGAUCGAUGUCAUGAAUUACACGAGCGACAUCCACAAUCGUUGCUCGAACGUGGGCUCCGCCAAUGGAUACCGCGUCUGGCCGAUGGCUUCGCAAAGUUUGGCCCAGGUGGUAUCUGAGGCUAACGCGAUACUGCCGUCAAACGCUCCGGACUCGAUGGACUUCAAUUCUAUUCCGCAAAUCAUGCUCGACCAAGACUUUGUUGACCUGGAUCGGGUCAUUGCAUUCGAUGACGGAAGCAUGUUUACGGCAGCGUUCGACGCCGCAGCUGCACCCUGGUAA